AUGCUCGCUGCCUUAAUUAUAACCGCUGCUCUCGCUCAAACGUCCCUCGCUGCCGUUCAGACUCUCACGUCUGGCGGGCAAUGUCUUCAAGUAUCUGGCACUCCGGCUAAUGGCUCUCCCGUCACUCUCGGUUCGUGCAACAGCGCAAAUAGUCAAAUGACUUCAACCGGACAACAAUGGGUCAUCUCCUCUGGAAACAAUGCUGGCGUACAGCUCUUUGGGACUAGCUUCUGCUUAGACGCUCAGACGCAGCCAGCUCCCGGAAGACAGGUGGUUGUCGCCACCUGCUCUCAAGCCGCUUCCCAAACUUGGUAUCUUACCGCUGAUAAUAGAAUUGCAAUUACCGGUGGAACGCAAUGCUUGGACUUGUCCGGCACCAAUCCCCAGACCCAGAAUUGUGCUCCUAAUAUCGCUACUCAGGCAUGGAGUCCCACAUUCCUCUUUGAUACACCUACCUCAAGCUCAUCAGCCAGCUCUACCGCGUCCGCAUCAGGUGCUGCCGGAGGUGUCGUAGCCGGAGGUGCUGCUUCGUCCGCUGCUAGCGGUGCGAGCUCUGUUGCUUCAGGCGCAUCAUCGAUGGCCUCUGCUGGUGCCUCGGGUGCUUCCUCUGUCGCCGGCGCUGCCACUUCCGGUGCUGCAUCGGCUGGAUCCGCUGCUACUUCAGGAGCUGGAUCAGUCGCCGGUGCUGCAACUUCAGGUGCUGGAUCAGUUGCCGGUGCUGCUACUUCUGCUGGUGGAGCUGCUACGUCUGCUAUAGGAUCAGCGGCUGGGGCUGCUACAUCCGCUGUGGCAGCAGGAGGAUCCUCAUCUGCAUGGAGUCGAGUCGCCAUGGUUCCUUUGCCAGUCACUUUCGGUGUGGUCCUAGGAGCAAUUUGCUUGUUGUAG